AUGUCAGAAAUCUUUGCCAAGUCAUUUUCCACUGGAGCAUUUGCCCAUUCUUCUUGUCAGGGUGCACUUACAUCUGAUGACGAGCGAGAAAUGGAUGAACGCUUUUAUGCAUAUACCUCAAGGAAAGACGUAGUAGAUGAAUCUUGCACUUCUAGAGGAUUUAUAGUGAUGGAGAAUUGUUUGUUUCUUAUGUGCAAGUUUAGAGGUGUGACAUUGGUUAUCAAGUAUAAUGAUGGAUUUAAUUUCAACGAUUUAGUAUCUAAAUUGUGUGCAAAGUGGAGUGAGUUAGUUGGUAGUUCUUUGAAUAUAGCCUAUUCAAUGCCUGGACAUUCUUGUUGUGGUCUACAAAGUGAAGAGGAUUUGGAGGUUAUGGUUGGACUAGCACUUUCUUGUGAUAUUCAUCAUAUUGAUGUUUUUGUAAAGUGUUGUUCUUUGGGUGAAGGAGUGGGACAAAGGUUUGCUCAAGGAGUUGUUGAAUUUCGAGAUGCGUUGUCAAAGUAUUCUAUUCAUUCCGGUUUUAAUUUUGAUUUCGUUAAAAAUGAUAAGAAUCGUGUCACUGUUCAUUGUAAGAGAAGGGCUAAUUUGGGAUGUUUAUGGAGCGCGCAUGCUAGAGUGGAAAAUUAUAGUAAAGCUUUUGUUAUUAAACAAUUUGAUGAUGUUCAUACUUGUGGAUCUUAUUUUCGUACAAUUAAACAUGCUAGGAUGACUUCAAGUAUGAUUGGUGGGCUAAUUUCAAGUGAUAUUCGUAAUAAGGCUUUGACAUCAGUCAGUGAGGUGGUUUGUGAUUUCAAGGACUAUUAUAGAACAAAAGUUUCUUAUCGGCGAGCUUGGAUGGGUGUUGAAAAAGCAAGGGGUCUUGUUUUUGGUGACUAUUCAUCAUCACUUGACGAUCUUCGUUGGUAUGUUGAUGCCGCUAAUGCUUGCAAUCGGGGGAGUGUUUUUGAUAUGGAAUUUGAUAUUGAUAGUAAAGGAAGACAUUUCAAAUGCUUGUUUUUCGCUUUUGAGGCAUGUAUUCAUGGUUUCAAGUAUUGUAAGCCUGUGUUGAUGCUUGAUGGAACUUUCAUGAAAGGAGGACAGAAAGGUUAUUUAUUGGCUGCUACGGCAAAAGAUGGUAACCAAGGUUUAUAUCCGUUAUGUUUUACUAUUGUUGAUAGUGAAAGUUAUGACAGUUGGCAUUGGUUCUUGUCAAAGUUAUUAGGUAUUUUGACUCCGGGGAGAGAUAUUGCGUUUGUUACUGAUCGACAAGGAGGUUUGCUGAAAGCUUUAGCGAAGGUCUUUCCGUUUUCUUCUCAUUCUUCUUGUCUAAUGCAUUUGAAGACAAACUUGAAGACUUAUUUGUCAGUGAAGAGUCGUGAAUCGAAAGAGUAUUUGCUUACUCUUUUUAGUAGAUGUGCAUAUGCUCCUACUAUUGAGUUGUUUAAUGAGCUAUUUGAAGAAUUUAAGGGUCGUUGUGGUCGUAGUGUUGAGAAGUUUCUUGAGAAUUUGCCUAAUGAGUGUUGGCGUAACCCUUAUUUUCAAGGCAAGAGUUAUGGUGAAAUGUGCACAAAUGGUGCGAAAUCUUUUAAUUCAUGGAUUAGGGAUGAACGCCAUUUAUUUUCAACUAGUCUUGUUGAUGCUAUACGGGUGAAACUAAUAGAGCAAUUUUCAAGAAGGAGAGAAGUUGGGAAAAAGUGGAAUCGCAUUGUUUGUCCUUUUGCAGAGAAAAAGUUGGAAGAAGCUUUUAAUGAUACAAAAGCAUGGAUAGUUAAGAAAUGUAGCGAUGACAUUUAUGAAAUCCAAUUGGAUCAUUCAGUUAUGGUUGAUAUUGGGAAACGUUGUUGUUCUUGUCGAUUGUGGGAAAUUGAUUCUUUUCCUUGCAAACAUGGUUUUUGUGUUAUAAAGAGGAGUGGGAAGGAAUUGAUUUGCUUUCUUGAUGAUUACUACCGUGUUUGUAGUUAUUGUGAUUCUUAUUCACAUUCUAUCUAUCCAGUUCCUAGUAUGUGGAAGCCAAAUAUAGUUGUUGAUGAUGAUGUUGUUUUACCUCCUUUUUGUAAGAGACCAGCUAGAUGUCCAAGAACAGAGAGAAUACCUUCUAAGGGUGAAAUCAAGAGAAUUAGGUGCAGUAGGUGUGGAAAGAUAGGAACUAAUAAUCGGAAGACAUGUAAAGAAGCUUUGUUUUAG